GCCGCCCCUUCCGCCACCGCCCCGGCUUCGCGCCGCCCUCGCCUGCCCCGGCCCACGGAGAGGAGCGGGCGGCCGCGGGGGAGAGCGCGUGUGUGGUGGGGUGGGGUGGGCGCUCGCCCGCGGCCUGCUGGCGGCCCCUCCCGCCUGGGCCGCGGCGGGACGGGCGGCAGGUGCCCGGCCGCGGGGCGGUCGGCUGGGGGCGCGCGGCCGCGGAACUGUCCCGGCGUCACUUCGGCGCCUCUGCGCGGAGCCGCCGCUGUCCGUAACCUCCCCCCCCCCCCGCCCCUCCGCGCCCCCCGCCGCCGUCUCUGCCCCAGUCGGGAAGCCGGGCGCCUCUCCCCAAAACACUGCAGUCAAGUCACCAUAUUCCCCUUCCAAACUCUGCAAGGCCCGUUACCUGCUGUGGAUUUAUUGCUGCUGUGUAUGCCAGUGCUGCAACUCCCACUGGUUUCUGAAUCAGGAGAACUAGUAGAUAAAAAGAAGACAGCUCAGUAGAAUUUCAGAUAUGGCAAUGGCAUCUACUGUAAUGGGUUCAGUUCCUACCACCGCAUCUCGUUUUGCUUUACUACAAGUUGAAAGUGAUACUGAAUUGGAGCCUGGAAAAAGAAGUGGCCGAGGUGCCAGUAAAUCUCAGGCUUCAGGGGGAAAAUCAUCUACAAAUGAGAAAAAAAGAAAGAAAAGGAGAAAAAAGAAGGAACAGCAGCAGACUGAGGCCAAUGAGCUCAGAAACCUUGCUUUUAAAAAGAUUCCUCAGAAAUCCUCACGUGGAGGCUGCCUAUCUCAGCAUGAACAAAAACUGCACACUGCAAUGCAGAAGGACUCUCAGGAAGAAAAUUGGCAGGAAUGGAGACAAAGAGAUGAGCAGCUGACAUCUGAAAUGUAUGAAGCUGAUCUUGAAAAAGCAUUGCUGCUAAGCAAACUGGAAUAUGAAGAACACAAAAAGGAAUAUGAAAACGUUGAAAGUACUUCACCUCAGUCAAAGUCUGUGAAUAAGAAAAAGAACCAGCAAGGAAAAGACAAACCUCUCACUGUGUCUCUGAAAGACUUUCAGUCAGACAGUAAUAUAGAUAACCUUGCUAAAAAACAUGAGGAAAUGAACACUUCCCAGUCUUUAUUGCGUGACGGAGGAUUUUUCAACAGGCUAGAAGAUGAUGUUCACAGAAUACUUGAAAGAGAGAAAAGGAGAGUCCAGCUCACUGAUUACAGUGAAGCAGAUAACUGCACAUCUCGUGAACACAACCAGGAGAGUGUUUUGAAAGACGGGAAAACGGAACGACUAAAGCUUGAGCUUGAGAAGAAAGAUGCAGAAAUUGAGCAAUUGAAAAAUAUAAUAACUCAGUGGGAGACAAAGUAUAAAGAAGUAAAAGCAAGAAAUGCACAACUUCUGAAGAUGAUGCAAGAAGGUGAAAUGAAAGACAAAGCAGAAAUACUUCUACAGGUUGAUGAAUCUCAAGUUAUCAAAAAUGAAUUGACCGUACAGGUAACUCUGCUACAUGCGGCAUUAGAGCAAGAAAGAUCCAAGGUGAAACUACUUCAGGCAGAAUUAACAAAAUAUCAGAGUGGAAAAAAAGGGAAAAGGCACUCAGAAUCUGACCAGUGCAGGUGAUCUCCUCUGCCACCAGAUUCAAAGCAAAAAAAAACAUCAACUCUUUCUUCAGGGUUUUGCAGAAAUUUAUAUAUUUGUUGCACAACUGCUCAACUAUGCAGUUUUUGAAGAGAAACUAAUAAUUACUAGUUUGUUUAACAGUCUGAGUAAUUGAUUUGUUGCACUUUCUGCUAUGGAAAAAUUAGAAAAUUAGUAUUGCAGCAGAGCUGAAACUAACUGUUAAUGCCAUUAGUUUUUCAUCAUUCAAUAAAAUUUACUCUUCCAUUUU